AUGAAGUUUGCCAAAGAGCUCGAGAGAGAUGCGGUUCCAGAAUGGCGCGUCAAAUAUCUCAACUACAAGGCCGGCAAAAAGUACGUCAAGGCCGUCGCCCGCGCCGUCAAUAGAGCAAACGGUGCCACACCAAAGCUGCGCAGCAGCAGAGGUACAUCUCUAUUCGGACAGGUGCCAAAUAGCAAUACCCAACAGACCCUUCGAACGACCUUUUCCGAUCGCGAGUACCGCCAAUCUCUGGCCUCAGUGCCUACAUUGUCGAGCCGCCCGCCCGCCUACACCUCGGGCACGACCCCUUACGAGGUGCGACCGUCGCCAGCCCGCGCUGUGCCCGCAAAGGAUAUCAAAGGCGGAGAGGACGACGCAUUGAACCGGUUGCCCGAUAACAAUCUGCAAUAUGGGAGCUUCGUCGCCACGCCGCCCAACCCCAGCCCUAUAGCCCAACGGGGCACCAGUGGCGAGUUUGAGCUGCCGGCACCGGCGAUGCGCCCCGCGCCGGAUGCAUCGCCGCCUGACGCUACUGUGCGAACCCACGAUUGGGCGCGGAAUCUCAAAACGCCCAGACCGGUCGAUAGACGGAACUCUAGCACCAUCCUGCCGGUAUCGCAGUCCAAGGGCUCGAUUGCGUCAGCUUGGGACAAGCGGAAGCGCCGCGGCAGCACCGAUCAGCACCAGCCUUCGCCGCUGCGGCGCAUAUUUUCGUACUCGCCCACGCUAACACGAGAUGCUUCCGUUACGUCAUUCGGCCUUGAGCCGUUUGACCUCAUUCGCGAGAGGGAGCAUGAAUUUUAUGAUUUUAUGGAUUCGGAGCUCGAUAAAGUCGAGUCUUUCUAUAAACUCAAAGAAGAACAGGCAGGCAGACGACUAGAGCUGCUGCGUGAGCAGCUCCACGAAAUGCGCAACCGUCGACUGCAGGAAAUUAUUCCUCAAUCAGGUAACACAUCAACACAGGAACACAUGGCACUGUACGGAAACGACUCGGACAGCGGCACCGAUCGAAGCGGCAAUCAUUGGAUGCCGUCCAUCAAGACGAAGCUCUUCCCCCCGGGGCCCAACUCCAAGGCACUCCGCGCCAUGCCACACACACCCUACAUGGGCGGCCGAGACCCGCAGAGCGAAGGGCACCGCGACUAUAUUCGCCGGCCCGACGAACAGGACGUCUCGUACCGCACCGCCAAGCGCAAACUUAAGCUUGCGCUGCAGGAAUUCUAUCGCGGACUGGAGCUGCUCAAGUCGUACGCGCUGCUCAAUCGCACCGCCUUUCGCAAGAUCAACAAGAAAUUCGACAAGGCCGUCAAUGCGCGCCCGCCGCUGCGGUACGUCAACGAAAAGGUCAACAAGGCCUGGUUCGUCAACAGUGACUUGCUCGAGGGCCACAUCAAGGCUGUUGAAGACCUGUACGCGCGCUACUUUGAGCGCGGCAACCACAAGCUGGCCGCCGGCAAGCUCCGGAGCCUCGCCAAGAAGUCGAGCGACGAGUCGGGUAGCUCCUUUCUCAACGGCUUUCUCAUUGGCACGGGCAUCGUCUUUUCCGUCCAGGGCCUCGUCUACGGCGUGCAGCUGCUGUUUGACAAUGAUCCGACGGUCAGGCUGCACACGAGCUAUCUCAUGCAGAUUUACGCGGGCUACUUUCUCAUGCUGCUCCUCUUUGCCUACUUUUGCAUCAACUGCUACAUAUGGACCAAAUGCAAGGUCAACUACACCUUCAUCUUUGAGCUCGACCCCCGCACGCGCAUCGACUGGCGUCGCAUGGCCGAGUUUCCCAGCUUCUUUCUGUUCAUCUUUGGCGUCGUCAUGUGGGCCAACUUUAGCCGGUACGGUAAUGAGAGCCUGUAUUUGUACUACCCCGUGGUGCUGAUUGCGUUUACGGCGCUCGUCAUUUUCCUCCCGCUGCCCGUGCUCGCCCACAAGAGCCGCCGGUGGUUUGGCUACUCGCACUGGCGUCUGCUCCUCGCAGGCAUCUACCCGGUCGAGUUUCGCGACUUUUUCUUGGGUGACAUGUACUGCUCCCUGACGUACUGUAUGGCGAAUGUCGAGCUAUUCUUUUGUGUAUACGCCAAUAACUGGGAAAAUCCGUCGCAGUGCAACUCGAACCACUCACGCGUGCUGGGUUUCCUGACGACGGUGCCGGCGCUGUGGCGUUUUUUUCAGUGUCUUCGUCGUUACAAGGACACGCGCAACGUCUUUCCGCAUCUCGUCAACGGCGGCAAAUAUUCCAUGACGAUCUUGUGCAAUGUUUUGCUGUCUAAUUACCGCAUUCACCGCACAAACACCAACAUGGGGCUGUUUAUCUUUUUCUCCGUUGUGAACAGUAUAUAUUGCUCCAUCUGGGAUCUCUUUAUGGAUUUCUCUCUGCUCCAGUUCCACUCGCGCCAUUUCUGGCUGCGUGACAUUCUCGCGCUCAAGUCCAAGUGGCCCUACUACUUUAUCAUGAUCAUUGACCCAAUUCUCCGGUUCAACUGGAUCCUCUACGUGGUCCUGCCGACAGACGCGAACCACUCCACCGUCUUCUCCUUUGGCGUCGCGAUCCUCGAGGUGACGCGCCGCGGCAUGUGGGCGUUGUUCCGCGUUGAGAACGAGCACUGCGCCAAUGUCGGCCAGUACAAGGCCUCGCGCGACGUGCCGCUGCCCUACCGCAUCGAGCCGUUGAUGACGCACACCACCAGUGCGGAAGCGUCGCCUGUGCUUCGCACCAACAGCAAGCAGGAUCCGCAACAGAGCGCCAUCGACGACCCUUCCCAGAAGAGAGCAGAGGCUAGCUACUCGUCCUCAUCGGCCGACGCCGGUCCGUCCACGUCGGCUUCCAGCACCGCACCGCUCAAGCCCAGCUCGCCCGCCGCCGCGCACACACAGACCCACGGCCCGCAGCGGCAGUCCUCGUCCACGGCAGCGGCCACGGGAAGCCGCCCCGGCGCGUUUUCCACGGCGACGAGCGCCACGGCCGUCGCGAGCAGCACCUCGCAGGGCCUGUUUCGGCGCCGCACCGACUCGACGCGCACCUUUUCCAAGAUGCUUGCCGACGCGCACACGCAGGAUUUCGAAAAGAAGCGCAAGAAGAAGAAAUCCGAUGGCGUCGACGGGGAGCAUAGCUCUGGUGUCGCCGGCGUCGACAGCGACGACGGCGAUGACGACGAGGAUGACAGCGAUGACGAUGAUCUGGCGGAUGAGCGCGUCGCGGUGCGUGAGAGCACGCGGUUAAUGCGGAGGGGUGAAGGCAGCGCGAUUAUGGAAGAGGAUGUGUAA